AUGGCACCGCAACGACACUUUCAGUACAUGUGGGGUGACGCGGGGCUUCCCUUCCUGGGCACCCUUGCAAGGAUGAACCCCAUGAGAUGGAGCCCUGCAAUGCAUGUCUCCAAGCUCGUUGCGGAACUGGAAGCAUCUCGUGAGCGGCCUGUGAGGAUCUACAUGUCAUCGGAGGAUGAGACCCUCACUGUGGACUUUGAUGCCAGCCAGGCUCUUCCGUGGCUCCGUGAGAACUUCGCUUGGGAGUUGACGCAGCAGCCGCCCAACGAGCCGGGCUUCUCCAUUUUUUCGUGCACCCGGCCGCAAGCAGACGAGCCUGAGGAGAUGGUGGUUGAGGAUCAUGCCAAUGCAACCGAAGAGGUCGGUGCAGAGAUUGCGAGAGAGGGAGACCCUGAAACUACUGAAGAAGUGUCCGGAGUUGGAGAGAAAGAUGAUUGCCGUGGGCUGCUGGAUGAGAAUGCCAAAGUGAAGUACAUGUGGGGAGAUGCACGGCUCUUGCCUUUUCAAGUGAUCCAAGAUCUUUCCCGCCACAACCCCAUGCGAUGGAGCAGUCUCCAUAGCCCAGAAGCUCUUGCAGCCAAGCUGGAGGAGUUUCAUGAGAUUCGACCCGUUCGCAUUUCUGCGGACACCCAGCGUGGCAGCUUCGAGCGGAGUUUUCAGAGCCCACGAGCAGCGGCCCAAUGGCUACGAAAGACCUUCACCGCGGACAUGGCGCGCUUGGAUGAAGAACGGCUUUGUGUGAUUUGCCUGACCGAGCCACGGAAUGUGGUGCUGAUGCCCUGUAGGCAUGCCGUCCUAUGUGAGGCAUGCCUAGAUGUGCUGAUGCAAAGCACUCCAAGCGCGUGUCCGGUGUGCCGGCGGCGUAUCCAAAAUCAUGCUCGAGGGCACUUUGUGGAUGACUAUGUCGAGUUGGUGCGGGCCAUGGAAUUAAGACUCGAACGAUCGCAAAUGGCAGCUUAUGAAGGCAUGUACAACCACAUCCGCCCUUUGAUGGUGACUGGUGUGCUCCUCGCUUCAGGCGCUGCUGCUUGUUUUGUGGUGUGUCCACCUGCAGCACCUGCUCUCUUGGCUGGAGCUGGAGUCAUUGGUUACCUGCCGUGGUUUGCAACCACUGUGGCCAACUUCGAAGGGGAGCCCUUGGAAGAGCAGACCAACCGGAUCUUCACCGAGGAGGAUUUCUCAAGCCCUUUGAGGUUGGUCACCAAGGGCGUGGUACUUUUGGUGGCGGCGCCUGUGGCCUUGGUGACUUUCUUCAUUCCCUAUGGGAUCUUUGCUGGGCUUGUGCGGCCCCUGUGCCGCUUAGGUCUUCAAGGCUUGGUGCGAGGUGCCAGCGCUUCGCAUGUCUAUGUGCUGCGGCCACUGGCGCGCCUCUUGGCGGCGACGGGGCGAUUGCUGUGGGACGGAGCUGUUGGGAGCCUGAACCUUCUGGGAGAUAUCGUCGGUGUCGCCGCACAGGGGUUUUAUGAUUUGGUCCUUGCUCCCUCAUGGGGCGCUCUGAGUUGGUGUGGCCAGAAGAUGGCCAAUGCAGCUGCAUGGAUCUACGAGCAUGGCCUAGUACCUGCCGGAAAUGCGGUGUCUGGGGCAGCGCAGGCCUUUUACAACAACUUCUUGGUGCCCUGUGGCACUGCCACAUGGUCCGGGCUUGCAGCUGCGGGCAACGGCACGUACAACUACGUGCUCGUGCCGCUGGGUCAAGCUCUUGCCAAAGGCGCGGAGGCUCUCUAUGCUUUGGUCCUGGUUCCAGCAGGCCAGGCAUCUUUGCAUGCUUUGAAGGGGCUUGGUCGUUUGGUGGCUGGAACCGCUUAUGGGCUUUGGAGCUACAUCCUUCUUCCUGCUGCAGGGGUCACCUGGGAAGGCUUAAAAUUCCUUGGCCGCAUGAUGGCCCUUGGAGCCGAACACGUGUACGCGCACGGGGUGCGGCCAUUGGCCAGCUUUACGUACAACAACCUGUUGACUCCCAUGGGCCAUGCUGCAUCAGCGUUGGCUUCUGGUGUUGCCGCUGUUCUGGCUGCAGCUGCCAAUGGUUUGGCUGCACUCGCCUCUGCGUCAUUUACAUACGUGCUGCUGCCUUGCUUCAAUGCCGGAUCCACCGUGGUGGUUGGCCUUGCAAUGGGCCUAGCAGCUGCCACUAGCGCAGGCUACCAGUAUGUCCUUGUCCCGGUCGCUUCGGCAGUGGGAUCAGCCGCAGCCCAUGUGUACUCUUAUGUGCUGGUACCGUGUGGGCAGGCGACCCUCUCUGGCUGCCGAGUCGUCCUCGAGGCCUUCCAGCAGAUCGGCCACACGGUGCGCGUCACGAUCCAAAGCCUCCUGAGGGCCCAGUCAGUUGCGAUCACGCCAGCUGCCAAGUUCUUCCGCUCCGGCCUUGGACAGGACUUGGCCCCUAUCAUCGCGCAGGCCUUCGUUGCUCACUUGGAGGAGCAGAGACCGGACAAGUGGGCGUCCAUCUCCACACUGGGGAAGGCCAAGCUUUGGCUCCAAGCCCUGGACUUAUGGCAGGAGGUGCGCUCUAAUGCUGAUUUGGUUACAUUCAAUGCCGCCAUCAGCGCAUGUGGCAAGGCUCAAGAAUGGCAGCAAGCUGAAGCCCUCCUGCAGGAUUUCCCAUAUGGAGACUCUCAGCAACCUGACCUUGUGACCUGGAACUCUCUCCUCAACGCUUAUGCCUCAGCCACCGAGUGGCCCUUCGCUCUGCAGCUUCUGGCCGACAUGGAUGCCGAAAAGACGUACUUCGGCAUGACGUUGCCGAAGCCGGACCUCUUCAGCUACAACACGGCUCUGAACGCCUGUGCUCGUGCCGGACAGUGGCGCUGGUCUUUGGCCCUCUUUGAGCGUCUCCGAGAAGUGGGAUUGGUCGCCUCCGAGUACAGCUGCAAUGGCUUGCUGCACGGCAUGGCACGUGCACGUUGUUGGCAGGAGGCUCUCCAGAUGUUACGAAAGCUGCUGGACGGAGGAGAGGUGGUGACAGCUGCCGGCUUCAGCGCGAUUAUGGGUGCCUGUGAGCGGGGUGGUCUAUGGCGGCAGGCGCUUGCUUUGCUGAAGAUGCUAGGCGAUGGUGCUGAUGCGCGUGCCUUGUGCUCGGCGAUCAGUGCUUGUGAGAAAGGUCUCCAGUGGCAGCGUGCCAUUGCCUUGCUCGAGUCCAUGGAAUCUUGGAAGCUGCCGGAAGCCUACGGCGCUGCUUGCAGCGCUUGUGAGAAGUGCAGCGAGUGGCAAGCAGCGCUGGCCAUUGCUGCAGGGACGGUCCCAAAUUUGUUCAUGUGCAGUGCUGCAAUUUCAGCAUGUGCGAAAGCCGGGCAGCUCAAGAGAUCUGUGCGGCUUUUGGACUUCAUGGAGGCCGCUGAUGUGCCACCGGACGCUGCCACCUUUGGGGCGGUAUGCGCUCCUUUGGUGCAAAUCGAGGCCUGGUCGCAGGUUCUCCAGCUCUUCCGCCGGAUGCGCUCCUCCCACCUGACGCCCGACGCAGCGUUGUGCGCCGACGCAGCAGCGCUGGAAAGACCACAGCUGGGGCAAAAGCUGCAAGGGCUUUUGAGGCACAGCUGCUGGACCCUGCUUGUCGGCUUGCAGCGCAGUAGCCGAAACAGCGGAGUCGUCCACUGGCGCCAAGCAGAGCUGCAGAAGGAGCUGUCGAUGGUGUCGCUAGCGACGGAGAGCCUCCUAUCUUUGGACAAGGCUGAUGAUGAGGUUGGAUGCUGGCAGGUCACGUCUUCCCUAUCAACCAAGCGCCCUGCAAGCCACUCAAUCAAUCAGGGGACGCAGGUCUCCAGCGCCUUCCGCCGUUUGCCCGGCACCUGGGCUGCUCGUCACCUCCAUCAAAAGCGCCCGCCACUUCCAGUGGAGUGGCUCCCGAACCUGGGGAGCAGAUCGACCAAGGACCUGCUCCUGGAUUUCCACUUGGCCAAGCCACGCGCGACCGUGCCCUGGGCGCCCUUGGCACGGUCUUCGGCGCUGCUGUGGUGGCCGCGGGGCGUCGAGGCCACGCUCUCCGCCAAGCUGGUGACCGCUUGGACACAGAGCUGCCUUGAUGGAGAGGCACACAGAGAUGGAGCAAGUUUGGGGGAAGUGGCUUCAUGCCACCAAGAACAGGCAUUGUUUAUAGACUGCUAUACUGUAGUGUAG